AUGCAGAAUCCCAGAAACCCAUUCACUUUUCUCAAUGAAAUUGGUUCUUCUUCUUCUUCAUCUAUUUACAUUCCAAGAACGGAAAUUGGUUCUUCUUCUUCAACUAUUCAGAAUCCAACAAAGGAAACUGGUUCUUCUUCGUCUUCAAGAAUCGUAAAUCCCAGAAGGCAAAAUGCUUCUUAUCCACGUCAAACAAGAGUUUAUCGUCCGUCAAGAAUUGGGAAAAUCAUCAUUGAUCCAAUCAAAAAUGAUUCUUAUCUUCUCAAAAAUGAAAUUGGUUCUUCUUCUAAUGGAACUUGCCGUGUUUACAAAGCUCUGUUUUCCGAAUAUUCUGAAGAGACUAAAGAACUUACUCCUUCUGGUUAUGUUACUUUGAAGAUCAUCAACAGGAUCAUAUUCGAAAAUGAAUGUAGAGAGCUUCAACGCAAAAUCGAUGUAUCUGAAGGUUAUAGUACUUUUAUCAACUUAAUUGGACUCAAAAAUACUUUCGAUACUGAAGAAUUAUCAUGUGUUUCAUUGCCUUAUAUGUCACAUGGAUCACUCCGUUACAUUCUCUCUACUCGUCCUGAAAAAAAAUUGCCAGAGGAAUUCAUUGCUAUUGUUCUUAAAGAAGUACUUAUCGGUCUACAAGACGAGCUUCAUCAUAAUUUCAAUCCAAGGGUACAUAAGACUUUAAAUGCUGGAGAUAUCUUUGUUGACAUCAACGAUGCUAAUGGCGAAAUGUUGAUCAAAUUAGCAUAUGAAGCAUCGGUUUAUGAUUCUGAAGACAUUAGUGUAGAGGGAAAUACAAAUGAAGAAGAAGAUAAUUCGUGUUCUGUUCCGUUUUUGGAUCCAAAGAGAAUUGCUAGAUGGGGUGCUGCACCAGAGGUGUUGGCUGAACCAAAAUCUGAUAUCUGGUUAUUGGGAAUAACGGCGUUGGAAUUAGCCUAUGGAGUAUUACCUGUGAGGAAUCGUGAAGAAUUAGAUCGUAUAAUCAAGAAGAUAAAGAAGAAGAAGAAGAGAUUUCCAACAUCACUCGAAAAGCUGCUGGUCGUUAAGAAGAAGAAGAAAUGGAGAUUCAAGAAAGCAAUGGGUAAACUGUUUAAACGAAAGGCGUUUUCAAAAAAGUUUGAGAAGAUGGUUAGGCAAUGUCUUUCGAAGAAUCCAAAGAAGAGGCCAACUGCUAAACAGCUUCUGAAUAGUUCAUUCUUUACUAAACAAAGGGAUAUCGAAAGGUUUAGGCAAUUUGUGUUGAAUGUUGAAAAUAAUUGA